CUGGAUAUAUGCCCAGGAGUGGGACUGCUGGAUCGUAUGGGAAACCCAGGCUCUUCUGUUCUGUAUGCCCUCCUAGCCACGGCGCACUGCACCCUCCAGCCCCCUGUGGCUGCCUCUGCGCCGCCGGCCCCAGCCCUCCACUGGGGUCGGGUGGCCAGGCCUGGCCCACCCCCGCCGCCUCACGUCUAGGCCUAGGGGCCGCGGGGCUCCUUUGUGCCGGUUUCUCUCAGUUCUGUCGGCCAAGUAGUUGCUUUGCACAGACCGGAGCUUCUGAGGGUCCCCCUCCGUCCCCGCUGAGCUCUCUGGUGAAGAGGGGGCGUCCCAGGAGAGCCUCAGCCAGCAAGUCGUCCGGGGUUCCUUCCUACAGCAGAUGGUCCAGCUCCCAGCCACAUCAGUCUAGCUCCACAGGGAGAGCCUAUCACCCUAGUAAGUCGCGAGUGACCAUGAGCCCUGGCUUCAGCUCCCAGUGGAAUGGCAGCCAACCAGCCUGGAAUACAUACUCCUUUCCAAGAGCAAGUUUGCACUAUCAGUCCCAUGCCAGCUAUACCUACUGUACGGGACACCCUGCUCAGUCCUAUGCACCAGCUCCCCACCCCAUGGCUCCUCCCAGCCCCAGCACAAACAGCAGCAGCAACCACAGCAGCAGCCACAGCAGCGGGGAGCAGUUGAGUAAAACCAACCUGUACAUUCGAGGCCUCCCGCCAGGCACCACUGACCAGGACCUUAUCAAGCUGUGCCAACCGUACGGAAAAAUUGUAUCCACAAAGGCAAUUCUUGACAAAAACACAAAUCAAUGCAAAGGCUAUGGCUUUGUAGACUUUGACAGUCCGGCCGCGGCACAGAAGGCGGUAGCGUCUCUCAAGGCUAAUGGCGUGCAGGCCCAGAUGGCCAAGCAACAAGAGCAAGACCCAACCAACCUAUACAUCUCCAAUCUCCCCAUUUCUAUGGACGAGCAGGAGCUUGAGAAUAUGCUGAAACCCUUCGGACACGUCAUUUCCACAAGAAUACUGAGAGACGCCAAUGGAGUCAGCAGAGGCGUUGGCUUCGCCAGAAUGGAGUCUACUGAAAAAUGUGAAGUGGUGAUUCAACAUUUUAAUGGAAAAUAUCUGAAAACACCACCAGGCAUUCCAGCCCCUAGUGAGCCUUUACUGUGCAAAUUCGCUGAUGGAGGACAAAAGAAGCGACAGAAUCAAAGUAAAUACACCCAGAAUGGAAGGCCUUGGCCCAGGGAAGGAGAGGCUGGCAUGGCUCUGACCUAUGAUCCCACAGCUGCCAUACAGAAUGGAUUUUAUUCUUCACCGUACAGUAUCGCAACCAACCGCAUGAUCCCACAGACAUCUGUCACGCCAUUCAUUGCCGCUUCCCCUGUCUCCACAUACCAGGUCCAGAGUACUUCAUGGAUGCCUCAUCCGCCAUACGUUAUGCAACCAACAGGUGCUGUGAUCACGCCAACGAUGGACCACCCGAUGUCAAUGCAGCCGGCAAACAUGAUGGGCCCCCUGACACAACAGAUGAACCAUCUUUCUUUGGGCACAGCAGGAACGUACAUGACUGCCGCGGCUCCCAUGCAAGGGACCUACAUCCCCCAGUACACGCCCGUGCCUCCGACAGCUGUUUCCAUUGAAGGUGUCGUUGCUGAUACCUCUCCCCAGACAGUGGCGCCUUCAUCCCAGGACACGAGUGGUCAGCAGCAGAUAGCAGUGGACGCGUCCAACGAACAUGCACCCGCAUACUCUUACCAACAGUCCAAGAACGUGUGUUACAGGAUGUUCCACAGGGCGUGCUGCUUGCUGCAACAAGCCAGAGAUGAAAGCACCCUGGAACGUGGAACAUUCCAAAUGGGUGACUUGUGAAAACCACUCACACUGCCUUGCGGACAUUUCUGUAAACCUGGAGAAAAUGUUUAACAGGUCCUGUUUAUAUUCUCAACUUCCUCUCUUUGACAUGCUGCAAAAUGCUGGGCGCUUUUGACUCGAAACAACAACAGUGAAGCCUUGAAUGAAAACAAAGGUGAUGUCCUAAGACAAAUAAAUCGGUGGAGGAGAAUCGCUUCAGAAAUUUUUUUAAAAGGAAGAAAUUCAUGGGACUCUACCCAAGUUUUUAAUCAGUUUCAGCCCUGGGAAGCUGACCCGUGUCAUGGUUAAGACAUGAGAUUCUACAGAACAAUUCAAGGAAGACACUGGGUCAUGUAAAUACCUGGCUCCUUUUUCUUCCGUAACAUCACUGGGAAAAGCUUGAAGGAUGCAGGAACGCCCACGGAGACAUUUAUUAAGAAACAUUCAUUAAAAAGGCAGGCACGAAUCAAUUUAUACGGCUUGCUCUGUUCACUUUGAUAAAGUCCCAGCUCCCUUUUUUUUCAGUAAUUGGAACACAAUUAACAUGAAAAAUGAAGUUAGAUUUGACCAAAAUUUUCUAGAGGUAGGACUAUGUUAUCCUUAUAGAGAAAUUGACUUUAUGACGGAACAAAUCUACUUGCUUUGGGAUUAAGCCACGAGCAAGAUCCCUAAAGUUACAGGCACAGACUUCCCGACAUUUUUAUUCUAUCUUUCCUGUUUGGUGUGGAGCGGAGAGCAUCCCUAAUACUUUAGCCAAAGCAUGUUAUCCUGAACACCCCAAAUUUCACCAAUGGGAGCUCAUUUCUGGCUACGUCAUGCUAAUUAGCAGGGCACUGCUAUUCAUCAGGGCACUGGUUUCCAACGCUCAUCAUGCUAAUUGAGAUGUGGAUAGUUUAAAGUGCUCAGUACCAACCUCUGGCCUUUCUCAGUAAAUGGCAGCUGACCCCCUGUGGGGCGUGACAUCCUGACGAGGGCUGCUGAGUGCCUCUGAAAAGUAGCUUAACCCAUCCCACGUACUUUUAAUACCAUAAUGUCCAUACUGAAGGUAUUUUAAAGUAAAUAACAGACAUCACAACAGUAGGUAGCAGGACAAAAGUUUGAGAAAUAUUAGGAGCACGCUGAGGAACAAGAAGGUUAUAUGCAGAAUCAUGGGUCAGCAAAUAUGUUAAUACUCCAAAUUCCACUUCCGGAGCUAAGAAGCAGGUCUUCCCAUUUUGUAUUCAUGCUUUCCCGUGCCCCUCCGCACGACCAUUUUUAAAAGAGGACAUUAAUGCAAAAAGGACCCCAGAGGAUUACUCUUAUCCCAAAAGGUGGAUAUGAUACUUGUGGUCUAUUUUGGAAGUUGUUUGGAAAUUCCAAUUCCUGUCUGAAUUAUUCUCAGCUUUUUCUCUGCGAUAUUUAGGAAAUUUAAAAUGACUAGGACUUAAGAGGGGGAGGGUGUAGCUCAGUGGUAGAGCACAUGCUUAGCAGGCACGAAGUCCCAGGUUCAAUCCCCGGUACCUCCAUUAAAAAAAAAAAAAAAAGAAAAGAUAAAUAAAUAAUAAACCUAAAACCUCCCCUGCAAAAAAGGAUAAAAUACUAGACUUUAAAAAGAAAAAAAAAAUAGAGAAAAAAAGAGUAAGAAAAAUGAAAGUUAAAGAAAAUAACAACUAGGAUUUGAAAAGUAUGAGUGAAGCAAAGUUACAGUCUAAUGUGCAAAGAUCCAAAGUCAAAGUCCAUCUUUGCCCCUUAGCGGUUGUCACUCAACAAGCCUCCCUCACUUCUUUAAAGAGAGAUUAGAUCAGUGCUCUCCAAAGAGUGGGAACGGCCUCCAGUGCUGCAGGAGGAUUUGCCACCCUUCCCUGCAAUUGGGGCGGGGAGGGGCGGUGCUGGGAAACCCCACUUUACCAUCAAUAACAAGCUUUCUGAACUGCCGCUCCUUCGAAGCCCUUCAAUUGCUAACGACCAGGACCUCCUAGAAGGCCAGAUGGAUCCUCACUUCCCUGAAAGACUAGAGUGUGUACCGCCCUCCUCCUUUAGAAAGCUAAGACAAAAAAAAAAAAAAAAAAAAAAAAAAAAAAAAAAAUUUUAAAUUACUAAAGGACUGUAACAAAAUCUUCAUUGUCAUCAUGAUGAUGAUUUUGACACUAAUUUAAAAGAUUACAUUUGUUCAAAGACAAUUUUUUCCUGUUGGUCUCCUUUGUUGGUGUGCUGGGGUCACGUUUAGUUUACUGUGGGUCAUCCGGGGGUGGGGGUACAGUGCGCAGUUCCCCCCACACUCUGCACCACACUGUCCAUCUUCUCAGGUGGCAUCAUGGGAAGCUAACCUGUCAGGAAUGACACUGGGGAGGGAAUACUGCGUCCUUAGAUGGUCCCUGAAACUUCUUUUCACCCAGAAGUCUAGAAUUCUAAGACGAUGAUUUGCUACUUUAUAAACUAUUUGCUCUGCUUCCUGGGGGGCGGGGAGGAUGUGAGCAUUCAAAAUGACUCUGUGAUCUUAUAUUCCGUCAAAGUCCUAGUCUUCCAACAUUCACGCUGACCCUGGAAGGCCCUUGUCUCAACCCCCGUGUGGCUACGUCUGUUUACUCUUCAGAUCUGCCCUGGCUACCUGAACCGUCCUGACAGUGAUUGCCUAAACAUCAUCAGGAUAUUAAUGAUGAGCAAACAUUAUGUCCUUGUUACCAUCCUUAUGCGUCCUUUAAGCUCAUGAGCAGUAAUUCAUUUUCUUCACACAGUACUUUACAGUCUGCAAAUGAUUUUCACCAUCAUCAUCUCAUUCACACGAACUGCUCUUUUUAAGCUGCAACUCAUUUUAUUUUUAAACGAGUCCCCCUGUCCAACGUAAAACAUUUUCGUUGCUCCUGAGCACAGCCUCGACAAUUUUGAAGCCUUCUAUUCUGAUGAACGUCAGUGCAUUCCAUAAGCAUUUAUGUAAAGCUGCACUGUCAUCCUUAAUUUGGGGCAGAGAAUGUGGACCGGAGGGAUUUCAGUUCUAUUUAAGUAGCAGCUCCCUUCCCCUGCAAACUUCAGCUAGCCACCAUGAAGAUGUCAAGUACGGCCACUUACUUCUCAUCUGUUUUCAUAGAGCAACCAGAUCACUCGAAGGCUCAAGCGAGUGACGGGAGAAGGCUCUUGGAAACAUUUGUGUAAGGUGAUAACACUUGAAAGGCUCUCCAGCCUCGCUCAUAAAUACAGAUGCCUUGAGAUCGGGGCACACGGCAGACCUUAGCAGGGUGUGUGAUCACGCACACACACACACACAAAAUUGUGUUCCCAUAACAGGAUAGAUUUUUAGCGGAGCAAAUCUACACUUUGCAAAGGUAUACAGUGAGAUCAAAUGUAUAUCAUAGUUCCCACGACUACGACUACUAAAA